AUGAGCGGCACAAAUCGCGUUUAUUUUGAUCUGUUGCAGCAGAGCACAAUAUGUCCCAAGGAUGUAUGCUUGGUUCCAGAAGACGGGACGCCAACGUAUCAAGCGACAAAGGAGGAAGAAGAAGACUCAAAGACACGUGUAAUAGCUCACAUCUCGAUACCAUACAAUGGCUACGACGAUGAGCUUUCCGCCUCAGGAAUUACCCCAUCGCCAGCAUUUGAUCUUAAUAGACUUGAUUCAAACAUCAGCCGUGACUAUUCCGAUAUUGAAGAUCUGCUUUUCAACUCAGUUGGUUUGGAGCGUGUGUAUGAAUGUUGGCAAAAGCUACAACAGAAUUCUGCAGGACUCGGCCUAGAUGAUGGGUUUCAACCGUGUGAAGGACUGCUGUUCUCGAAACGCCUUCAAGAUAAACUAAUAGAAGCAUACUUUCAGCAAUUUCACCCAAUCUGCCCGGCGGUGGAUCAGUCAGACUUCCUCAAGUGGUAUAAAGCGCCUCAACAAGACGUCCUCGCUCAUCCACAGCUUAUGCGACUAUUACUAUUGUCGGUACUCUUUGCAGCCUUACCCCAUAUUGAUGAAGACUUACUCCGAGGAGGGCCACGCUGCGCCGUCAAGCAGGCGCAGAAAGCCGUUUUUUCUUCUGCUCAGACUCUCUAUCACCGGCUCGAGUGGGAGUUCAUGGGCACAGAAGGUCUCGCUCAAAGCGCCCUUCUCUUGAGCUACUGGAGCCCAUAUGACUCCACGAGAGAGGUCAAUGGCUACUGGGUGGACGAAGCCAUCCGCCACGCGGUCGCUGGGGGGAUGGCUGACCUAUAUUCGACACGACGCAAGAGGAUUAUUUGGUGGUGCUGCAUGAUUCGCAACCGCAUGAUCUCUUUGGGUUUGCGCCGCUUCGAUAGGUUGGAGAGGCGACCGGAAGGCCGUCUGCCAGAGCUGAGUGACUUUGCGGAAGAGGGCUCGGGAGGCCACUUGAUAUCGCUCGACUCAAAACUCUACUUCACUCGGGUAUUCAUCCUCCUCUGCAAGCUGACCAAAAUCAUGGUGGACUCCGUGCGGUUGAAAUACCGGGACUAUAACUCCACCUGGACUCUCCCUGAAGAUCGGCAGGCGUUCGACAUUCUGGAAGACAUCGGUCAGCUGGACGAGAAGUUGAAGAUCUGGGGCGUCAACUUCGCUCACCUUUACGCCGCAGUUCAGGAUUUGAGGGUACCGAACGCUGAUCUCGUCAUUUUCCAUCUCAUUGGACUAAUGCACCAGUUUGCUGUUUCAAUACUCUACGAACCAUUUCUCAGGCUGUCAGACAGCCGCAGCUCUCAGGCGUGGUUUGUUAAGGAUUUGGCUUUACUCAAAAUCAAAGAGGCCUCAAGAAACACGGCUGCUAUCACAGCAUCGAUGCUUCGAUUCGCAAAUCCCAAAGACCUCUCCAUCAUUGUGCCACCAUGGAUUAUCCUCCCGAUUGCGUUGCAUCUCAUCCAGCUCAGCGAACCCCAGGACCUCGAGGCCAAGACCGAGAUCACCCAGCAGCUCGGAUAUUUGAUGCGGACUUUACAUACCCUGAUGUGCAGAUUUGAAGGUGCUCAGUUUAUCAUCAAGAUCGUCAACGCCAUUAUAAUGCUGGUCAGGAACUCCACCGAAGAAAUGUCCCUGAAUCAAUCUUCUGCCUGGCUCGGGACGGCACAGGGACAGAGCGUGGGAGCACAGUACACGCGGCUCAGGCAGGAGGAGGUGGUCACCCAUGUGCUCGAAACGAUACAAAAUGGGCUCGCAAACGAAGUCAUCCAGACCUGA